ACAAUGAACAGUUAAUUGUUUGUAUUAAUAUUUUAAUCUCUCGGACAAAAUGUUUCAUUUAAUUUCUUCAACAAGAUUUUCUUCGUUUUGUAUAAUUCUCUCAUCGAUAGUUGGUGUUAAUACUAAUCUUAUAAUCCACGAAUCAAAUGUUUGGAUUCCGAUAUUCAACAACAAUUUACGAACCCUUAUUUCUUUUUCACUGAUGACAAAUUUUACCCAACUAAUUAUUCAAGUCGAGUUCUCAACACAAACCCUAGUACAGUUGGUGAAGCAAAUAGCACGACUCGUUUUGUUCCAGCUUAUUCUCAUAAACCCAGUAACUUCAUAUUGCAAAGCAAGAGCAGCUACAACUCCGUUAUUAAUUACGUGCAUUAUAAUUUUACAGAAAACGGUUUUGAAGUUAUAGCCGGGCCUUUUUCUCGAGGAAACAUCAGGACCCAUCGAUGGCUUUCCAUCAGUGAUUCAAUUUAUGGAAUCGGAAUGAUAUUAGAAUUCAAUAUGACGAAUUCUCAAGUAGAUUUAUUUCUAUUUGUUCGAUCUUAUGCUGAUUACAAUACUUUUGUAUCAACUGAUCAACUUUCUCCCGUCGAAUCCACCGUUCGCUCGUUGAAAAUUCUUCAAGUCUUCAAGUUUCGAGAAAAGAUCUACUCGUUCGGCCUUCUGACGAUUCAUCUCCUAAGGCCAGUCUACUUCAUCUCUCAGAUAUCAAACUUUUCAAUCAUCAGGGAACGUGCCAUUUUAAGUAGAUAUAUAAUAACUGAACUUCAUUCUAUUACAUUAUAUGAACGUUAUGGUUCAGUUGACAAAGUUCGAUUUGUUGAUUCUUUUUCUAUCAUGAGCAAUGGAUCUUCUUUCUCUUUAAUUGCGUUCUCUUAUAAUCGAAAUGAAACAGAUCAUAUUGCAGUGUUUCCAUUUAAUCCGAUGCUGCAUGACUUUGAAGGGCCAACUAAUCGUUGUCAAACCGUGAGAACUUUAUGGAAGGCUGAUAUUUUCAACCAAUCUGGCCCAGAGUGUAACUCUUUUAGUUAUCAGGGCGUGCUUUCGUUAUCACGAAUAUUCUCAAUACGUAAAGAAUUUACAGGGUAUCAUCUUACAGAUAUUCUAACGGAAAACUGGACACGAAUAGUUGAUUUUGUUCCAUUGGCUCUUGAUGCGACUCCUGGUUAUGUUUUUCUUGUUCUUUCCUCUAACAGAUAUUUUACCAGAUAUCGAUAUUCAAUUCACUUUGUCAAUGAAAAUUAUUCUGUCUCGACCCACCCGAUCGAAAGGACAUUCACUCAUCCUAAUAUUGUUGACGCAAAUGAAACAGUAUCACAAAUUUAUUACUACGGUUUUACUCAUCCACGAGCCAUAAUUACACUCAAUCAGUAUUCUUACACUGAAUCAAUUAUUUUGUGUCCAUUCUUGAACAAUUCAUGUAUUGAUUGUUUUACAACCAAAGUUUAUAAUCCAAAUGGUAAUUUUCUUCGAUAUUGUCAAUGGAGACGAGGAAAUUCAUUAACAUCGGGCGAAUGUUCAAUCGGUGGUUCAAAUUCUUCUGAUUCAAGAGAAACUACACUCACGAACCAAACAGUAAAUCCAUGUUUCCGUCCAACUAAUAUCCAAGUAGACUACACUUCGGAUGAACCGACAUUUGAUUUGAACUUCGAUCUCCUUGGUUUCCAUUCAAGAUAUGCAGAUAUUUUUCCCUUGAACUUCACUUUAGUCGACAUUACAACACUUUCAUUCAUAGAAAAUUGUACUGUUGUGAGUUAUAAUCAGUCCAAGAUUUAUCUCAACUGCAACUGGGUGAAUUCUGGUCAAUAUCAACUAUCGAUUCUUAUGCUUAGACGACGAGGUCCAUUUGAAACAGAAGACAUUGACAACUCGGUUACUUAUAGUGAUUCUUUCACCAUCGGUUCACCGAAACCUCCUAAAUCUUCAUUUUUUUAUAUUCUGUUUAUUAUACUACGAGUUUGCAUCUUUAUUAUCUCUGUGAUUGUGAUCGUUGUUUUUCAUUAUGCAUUAGUUUUUUCGCUGUAUUUACAAAACAAAAACCAUCGCAAAAGACAGAAAAUUGUGUCACUUGCAACGAGAUCAAAAAGCUAAAAGGUCUGUUGUUAAUCAUAAAUUCAAAAAUCCGAACCAAAAAAUCAAUCUAAAAAGCAGAAUGGUUGUCUCAAGUUAUAAAAUCGAAAUCGACGAUCCAUUAUUUCAAUAGAGCCUUUUUGG